AUCGACAUGUCAUUGUGUUUUCUUUGAUUGUGUGGAGCAUUGUUGGCUCUAACCGCAGCCUUUGAAUAUAGGAACGUCGUCGUUUUAAUAUUCAGAUUUUACUACCGGAGAGGAAGCACUGCGGUUAAAACACCUGCGUGUGCGUGCGUGCGUGUGUUGCCUCAAUACAGUUCUGCUAUGUUGUUUUUAGAAAUCGACUCAGCCAAAAAUUGAAUUUAAUAUAUCAAUGCUACUAGUGUUUAAAGAUGUGAAGUUGGUGAAAUUGAAAUGAUAAAGUUAAACAUAGACAUCAUCACUAAGUAAUGAAGUCUGUAAGUGUAAAGUAUAUUAGGGCUGUAACUAUUGAUUAUUUUAGUAGUUGAUUAAUCGAUUAACUAGUUAGUUCGAAUAAUUGAGUAAUCGAAGGAACAUAAAAAACAUAAACAUAAACAAUAAAAUACCUGAGCUGAGCCUCACACGGUACAAAAAAAAAAAAAAAAGAGGAUCUAAGUCAGUGGCCUUGCUAAAGGUACCGAAACCCACAAGUUUCACAUGUGGAUUCACCGAACCCUUCAGAAUUAGAUAAUCAAGCAAUUUUAUUCUAAUUCAAAACCACUAUAUAUUUAAGCGAGCAAGCUAAUAAUUAAGCAAUUUCCCGUUCAGAAUUCUUCUCAUUUUGACAGCAUGUUUUAUAAACAGGUUAAAAUCUGACACUACGCUGCCCAUUGGUCUGUUGUACUCCCUCAUACCAAGUGUGAGUCAACCUUCCACUGAACAAACCAGUUCCUCCUGCCAUCAGAUCAAGGACGAGCAUUCAAAAAAGAAAUGGAUUAAAGUGCUUGUGACACGAAAAAGUAUGUUUAUUUCAUAAUACACGCGGUAUUUUAUGCUCCUGAAUGAUAUGGACCGCUUGGAUGUGUGUGGAAGCGAUCGCUAUAUUUAUUUAGUUUUUUGAAUCCCGCGCCAGGAAAAUGAGUGACUUCCGGCUUUGGUCUCGCAUUGAGGAGGAGGGCGCUGUGACGUGUACGGUAGAAGACGUCCUCUUCACGCUACAGUGUACUGUUGUGUAUGAGGACGAAGGAUUCAGCUGAUUUUGCGGAUUAAUACUUUUAUUUUUUGCAUCACGCCAGCCAAACGGCUGCAGAAAAAUCAUUCUGUAUGCGGGAGAGGCGUAUGCGCCUUUUUGGAGUUUCAAAAGGUUCCCAUUCACCGUGGAUAUUUACUGUGGGACCAUUGGACUUACAAGGAAUAUCGAGUUUGUAAUUGGACUAGGAGCCACAUGGCUGGAUCGGUCAUCACCGGCUCCCGAGAACGUCCUGCGGCUUCAAGGACCAGCUUCAUCCCCGAGAUACAGGGCAUGAUGUUUUCCCUGGGAGAUGCUCGCAGGCCGCUUCACGAGACAGCAGCCCUGGUGGAGGACAUCGUGCACACACAGCUCAUCACCAUGCUCCAUCAGGCAAGUGAGGGUGCCACACUUCGGGGGUCGAGGGUCAUUGCCGUGGAGGACAUCCUCUUCCUCAUGCGCAGAGACAAGAGGAAGCUAUCUCGCCUGUUGAAAUAUCUUCAGUUCCGAGAUUACAAGUCCAAGCUUCUGAAGAAUCUCGAUGACGACGAUGGGCAGCAGGAACAAGGCACGGUCGCCGGGGGCAUCCAGCGUCGCCAGCGUCUGGCUCAGGAUCACCUUCUGUUGUUGGACCACACCGGCGAGCUGCUGUCACUGGUGGAGCGUCGGGAGAUGGACCCUGUUAAACAGGAGCGACUGGAGCGCAUGGAACGUCACAGCAGAGCCAUGGACCCCACGCAGUAUGCCGAAUUCUGUGAGAGUCGACAGCUCAGCUUUGUUAAAAAAGCGUCCAAGUUCCGAGACUGGCUAGAUUGUAGCAGCUUGGAGCUCAAACCCAACGGUAUCACCAUGGAGAUCCUGUCGUACCUGGCCUACGAGACCGUCGCCCAGAUUGUGGACUUGUCUCUGCUGGUCAAGCAGGAAAUGGUGGCCAAAACCAACACCGUUGCUCACGUCAUCUCAGCCAGCCAUAUACAAUACAACACUCACGCAGAGGUUAAGAAGGAAUCGGACUCCCCCGAAGCCACGCCUCCCUCCACGCCUGGCUCCUCCCACUCAUCCAAGCCCCUCCUCCAAGGCAAUGGAAGUCUGGAUGGACGAGCGAGGCAAAGGAAACGCAAAAAGAGCUGUCCUGCGACUGCAGAGCCUCCGAGUGGAGCCAUUCAGCCUUGUCAUAUCCGAGAGGCCAUCAGAAGAUUCAACUACAGACAAACGAGCACCUACAGAAGGAGCGGGAUGUCUUACCUGUCCUGUUGAUCACCACACAAAUUAUUUUCGGCUUCUGUUUAAGUAAACAUCACACAUCAAACAAAACCCGAUGCUGCUGAAAUAAAACUUUAUUGGACACUAACAGGGAAACGACGAACAUCGGGUAGCGCAUAACACUAACUAUUAAACUGGCGUUUUGCGAAACAUUGCAAAAGAAUGCGUUGAAUGGUGCUCAGCAUUUCUGAGCGCUGUUGCCCACCAGGGUGUCUCUCUCAGUCACCAGUUCUCCGUAUCGUUGCUGGAGUUCCCGCUCUCGAUCCAUCUGACGCCCCACGUCCUCGCGCAAUGCCUAAAGACAUGUAGACUUUUAAAGAAAAUGACUAUAAACGCCUAUUUCAAAAAUAUUUUGCGAAGGAAUGACCUCGAGUCUUCUAGGAAUGGCUAGGUCUUCUUGUUUCUUCAGCUGAGUGAACGUCUCCAACUCUGUGGCCGCUUGCUCCACCUGGUGGAAAAAAGUGGAAAGUUCUCCGAGUAUUAUAGCGCACUGUGAGUUUGAAAGACAAAUGGCAUUUUGAGCAGUCCCACCUGCUCCCACAGUUCGUUGUGCUGCUUGAGGAGUCCGAGGGCUCUGGACUGGAACCCGCCCAGAAGGAUUUUAAGCUUCUUCUCCAUCUUGGCUGCCUUGCGCGCUUCUGCUGUCAUGUGCCCGCGGUUCACCUGCGUGCCAGACAAAAAAGCCAACCAUGAGUACAAGUUUCCAUCCAUUUGAAUUAGGAGUAUCCGCGAUCAUGUUACAGAGCCAUUGACGGAUCAAUGAGACAUGAAAAUGGAUUUUUCUUUCAAAAAAUACUAGCAAUUACUACAUAUUUUCUAUAUUGUUGACCAUUAUAGUAUCCUUUUAUUUGUAAUUUUGGACUUACAAAUGUGUAGAAUGUAAUUAAAAACAAUAAAAUGAAUCAUAACAGAAAUACAUACUGGGCACAGCCUUAAGCCACACAAGUUAAUAACGUUUGUUAAUCUGUCUUUUCUGAUUAAAACAACAAUGGUAUAAUAAACAUUUGUGAUACAGAUCGCAGACCAGUCUUACUUCGAGUUUCUUUUCGACGCUCUCGAUUCGAUCUUUCUUGGAUGCCAAGUUGGCUCGGGUGUACCUGUUCUGUCCAGGCAGGUACAACACCUGCAGUACACACGUUUGUCAAUAAUCUUGUCGGAAAAGUCAGGCAAACAUCAAUGUGGCGACCUGACCUGUCCGUAGCAUUCCUCCCACACUUGGCAGUAAGCCUCCAUGCUGAGCUCCCCGUGACCCAUGCCCACUUUCACCACCUCCAUUUCAGCCGCCAAGAUCGCUUUGGCCUGGUUGAAGAAAAACGUACAUGACACUCACGUCCCAAAUUUUCAUUCUUUAAAUCAUCCACCUUUUCCAUAUCCUCUGUGCUGACGGUGUUGUACGGGUGCGUGUCCAAGUAAGCGAUGUGUAGGGCGUUGUUGGAAGCUGACGCGGGUCCUCGGCCUUUGGCGCGCUGCAAUUGGCCGGCGGCCGUCGGGUGGUGAAGGCAGUCGUAGUGCAUCAUGGUGAUCAUCUCCUGCUUGAUCAGCUCCUCGGCCACCUGCAGGUCCGACAAGGGCUCCAUGGACGACGGUCGCAGGACAGACUCGUUCACCUGCGGGUGCACAAAUCAGAAUUAUCGCCAUGUCUGAACUGCUUUGUAUCUUUUUGCAGGUGUUUUAAAUUACUAGCCUGAUGAAAUAUGACUUUGAACCUACAAAACUAAAGCUUUUCACAUUUCACACAUAGAUUUUCCGAGUUUGGAAUUUUAAUAAACUGGAAAUCUUAAUCAGCAAGGUUACAAAUAACUACUUGGGAUUUGUCAAUUUGCAUGUAAAAAAUUAGUUUAUUUUUCAGCUUUUAUGUUAAAUCGCCAAAAUAAAAAACUUUUAACGUGAGGUUUCAUUUUCGUUAUAUUGUACUAUCCAAACGUGGUUCCAAUUCGAAAGAGAAUGUCUGGCAAAUUCGCUUUCAGAUUAUUUUGGAGUUGUAGGAAAUCAAUUUUUUUGGUCAUUUUCAUCUUAAACCAUUUUAAAUAAAAAUGAAAAUUUCAAUACUAAAAAAACAUUUUCGUUACAACAUUACAAUUUCAAACAGGUGCCCAAAACUUAUUCAAUUAUGCCAGUGACGACGAUGGAGGUCUUUCAGUGCGCUAAAUGCCCAUUCAAUGGCAGGUAAUCAGUCACACUAUCUUUUAACAUUUGUUACAAUUUAGAAAAUAUGACAUUUUCUUUUAUGAAGCUUACUAACAUCAACAAUGAAUAUAUAAUAAUUAAUUCAGUGACUAACCCUAAUGCUUUGAAAUACUUGUACCUUUGGGAAAAAAAAAACUUGUUUUUGUCAACGAUGACGAUAACGAAAAUAUUUCAUCAACGAACUUUUUUUUCAUGACGAUGACAGGCUAAAACGUGUCUUGGGAGAAAAACAUAAUGAGAUGGAUGCCAGUUUUCAUCUGACGAGUCGAGAACGAGAUGGAAAUUUGCUAUAGUUUCCGUCAAAAGUUCACAAUUUGUGAUAUUUUCUUAUCGUAUGUGUAGUUAGCACACAUCUUAGCAGUGUUUGGUCGUGUCACGCAUGUGACGUGCUGCGCCUCCCCAGACCCCCACGUCCUACACACAGGCUAAGCGUGUGCCCAUUCCUGGCUACUUUUGUGAAAUGUGUCAGAUGUUGCUUGGUUUGUUUUCUUAUCUUGGCUAUGUAAUGUUGCUUUAGCCUUUAAAAGGUGUGCUGAGUG